ACAGUGAAAACAUGUUCAUGCCGGUGCCCGAGCCGAGCCAGGACUUUGUUCCAGUGAACCAGUUUCCAAGCCCCAAACAGACCACAGCUCAGUGGAAGAGAGAGACUUCUCCUCAUCCAGACGCUCAUCGCCUGCCACACUGGCAGUCCUACCCGGUCACUGGUCUCAGCGAUGAGGACUUCAACAUCCCCCCCAUCACCCCUCCCUCUCUCACUCACCUGGCCGAUAGCGAGUCCGGACCGUACCACCCGCUCUGCCCCCCCGCCCCCCACACGCUGCACCCCUUCAGCAUGCAGGGAAUGGACCUGCCCAACAUGGCCGCCCCCGGCAUGACGGGACAGGACGGGAAUCUCCUCGGCAACUCCUCACUCUCAGUGAUGCAGCAGAUGGUGAACUCGGACUCGCGAUACGGCACCCGUCCUCACGGGGACGCUCUCAGACCCAGAGUGUCAUCAGGAAUGGUUCCUCAGGGUCAGCUGACCCCCAUCAACCAGUCACAGCUUGGCAAUCAGCUGGGCAUGAAUGGGAGUAACGGGAAUAGUGGUGCCCACGGAUCACCUUCUCCUCCAGAGAGCAAGUCGGCCACGCCCUCUCCUUCCAGCUCUGUCCAUGAGGACGACGGAGAUGAGACUCUGAAGAGUGGAGCGGAGAAGAGAGCAGCUACAGAUGUGGCCAAAAAACCUAAAACUCCCAAGAAGAAGAAGAAGAAAGACCCGAACGAGCCUCAGAAACCCGUCUCAGCGUACGCUCUGUUCUUCAGAGACACACAGGCUGCCAUCAAGGGCCAGAACCCCAAUGCCACCUUUGGAGAAGUCUCCAAGAUCGUGGCCUCCAUGUGGGAUGGGCUGGGGGAGGAGCAGAAACAGGUGUACAAAAAGAAGACGGAGACGGCGAAGAAGGAAUACCUGAAACAGCUGGCUGCUUACAGAGCCACACUCGUCUCACAGAGUUACAGUGAGCCGGGCGAUGUGAAGGUGUCCCAGACGUCCCCGAUGCUUGGUCCUAAGCCUCCAUCGUUCCAGUCCCAUCCAGGACUCUACAUGGCUCCUCCGUACCCACAGCAGCCCCAUCUGCCCCCCAUGCAGCCUGGACUGGCCCGGGGUGGCAAUUCUCGGCCCGGCGCUAACAUUAGCAUGGGCAACAUGGCGGCUACGACGCCCCCUCCUCUUCAGAUCAGCCCCCCGCUACACCAGCACAUCAGCCUGCAGCAGCAGAUGGGCAGCCAUACGAUGCAACUGCACUCACCGUCUAUGGCCCAGGGUUUUCCUCUCCAAGCUGAGUAUCAGAGUUUGAUCAGUGUGUCGUCUCCCUCCAUGGAUUAUCGCUCCGGCUGCAGGACCGGACCGUCUCAGGGGCUCGACUGGACCACCGACUACUGCAGCAACAGCGCUCUGCAGAGGGAUAAAGCUCUGUAUCUAACCUGAUCGAGACCACCUGAGAACUCCUGCAGGAACCAAGAGGCAGUUCACACUUCCUCACAGGGGCAGAUACACACCUCCUGUCUACUCUCUCUCUCUCUCUCUCGCUCUCUCUCUCACACACACACCAUACACAUACCUUAUACACACAUUAUACACACAGAUCUGUAUAUGUGUGUGCGCGAGUGUUGCUCUUUCCUCAUCACUCGCUCUGUAACAGAACCGUCUUGUUCUGGGUUCUUUUGGGACUAUUAGGAUGUAAACUGUAGGAUAAAGUCACUUUAAUUCCAGUCACAGGGCUGUAAUUAAGGACCCUGUUGGUUUUAGUCCUCGUUAAUAAAGUGACACGAGUCAAACUGUGAGUCUGUCAGACGUAAAGCACUUACUGCUCCGUCGCUAAAAAAAAAAAAACACAUCUCAAAGACAAAGAGGGACAUGCAAGCCAUGCAUUAUUAUUAUUAUUAUUAUUAUUAUUAUUCACCCAAACCAGUGACACUGUGUUAAACAAAUUCUAGAGCACUGAAUUCAGGUGACUAACUUUAAUCGUAGUUAAAAGAACAUUUUUAUCUCUAUAAAUUCAAAUAAAAUUAGUAAUAAAACAGCAGACUCUGAUCUGAGACCUGUAGAUCAGCUGCUUCUUCAUCUACAAGUGUGUGGCUAAAGGGUUAGCUACCUAGCUAACCGAGAAACGUUACCAGACCAUUCUGUAAGGUUAAAAAAAUAACCUUCCUGAGUAAAAACGAGACUCAGAAGCAGAGUGAGGAUACCUUCACAAGAAUUUGAAUAAAGAUGCGAGCAACAAGGCCAGAAACAUUUGCGAAAACAGGAAUUGGCAAGACUUCGCAAUUAUUCAAAUGAGUAUUGAACUGUUUCAGUCCUCUAAAACCAGGAAGUGAUCGAGUGGAACAGAUUGCUGUAGUGCUCUGGUGAACCUGACCUUUGCUGGCGGGGAGGGAAAAUGUCCCGAGUCUUUGUUAUGGUAACGUUUGUGUUAUGAUUGUGGGAACGUUUCUAAAUCUCAUCUCAUUAUCUGUAGCCGCUUUAUCCUGUUCUACAGGGUCGCAGGCGAGCUGGAGCCUAUCCCAGCUGACUACGGGCGAAAGGCUGGGUUCACCCUGGACAAGUCGCCAGGUCAUCACAGGGCUGACACAUAGACACAGACAACCAUUCACACUCACAUUCACACCUACGCUCAAUUUA